GUGAGGACCUUAAGAAGCGAACUAAAGAGAUGAAGGAGCUGGCUUUGCUGAAUAUGCUUGUGCUUUUGAUGGUGAUAACGAAGGUUAACGCGAAAGAAAGUGUGGCGGAGAAAGCAAUGGAAAAGGUUGGACAGGUGGCGGUAAUCGCCGGACAAACAGCCAAGAAACUCUUUAAAGCAAUGGUGAAAGGUGCGCGCAAACAAAUGGCAAAAUCUAAAGCAAAAUCAUCAAAAAAAGCCGCUAAAGCUGUAGAAGAAAGGACAUGGUAUAUGCCUGCUGUUUCCAGUACGUCAAGCAGUGGUACUUCAGGAAACGUUUAUUCAGUGCCUUCUCAGCGAACACGGCAAGAGUGAUCAUCUGCAUUUUGCGACGCGAGGAGGCAACAAAGGCAAGAAGUAGGAACACACGUCGUAUCAAAAUAAAUAAAGCAUGAUAUGCACAGAG